CUGGCAAAUGACAUAAUGGUAAACACAGUAAGUGAAGUCACAAACAGCCUCUUCACAGCCACCAGACGGGCCAAAAGAACAUGAAUGUUAAAGCUGACGGUCAGUUUCGACUUCUACAAUUCGUCUGUAGCUCUUAAACAGUCAUGUUUAUCUCUUGUAUUAAGCUUCGGUAGCUUCCCCCCCUGCAUUGAAGAGGAAGGCUGUAACCCUGGAUGAAGACCCUGUCUCGAGGCUGAGAGUUCAGGACUUGUUCGUGAAGCCUGAAGGCUGCUUGGAUCUUCACCUCUUCCUUGCUUUGCUUACAUGCCUGAAAGACAUGUGUUUAGUUUAGUUUGUUGGACAUGUGGAUGCUAACACAGUUUUUGUGCCCGUUUUGGAAAACUAUCUAGUUGUGAGAUUUUUCAGCUCAGAGGGAAGGCCCAGCCAUGGAGGGCCUUGAGCAACUGGACAUGGUGGGCGAUAUCAGCCCGGCUCUGGAGGCCACGGAGGACUUCAUCCAAUGCAUGGGCGGGAUCCAAGGCCAAGGUCCGAGCCAGGCUCCGACCGGAAGCCUCCAGCCUCCCAGGCAGCCGAAGCAGCUGCAGGAGGUAUCCAGCGCCGCGCAGGGGAAGCUGCGCUCCAGCGGCGUAUGGAGCCUGCUGGCCAGAGAGCAGCCGGAGGUGGGGCCCUUAGGCCUGGCCUGGGCCGACAACUUCAGCGUGUUGGGGCUGGGCAUGGGGUUGAGGCACGGCAAGAGGAGCCGAGCACGCUCCACCAACGACCUGGCAGCACACACCAUGGAGUGUACCAAUAACACCGCCAACUCCUCGUCCAACUCAGCCUUCAAGAAGGGACACAACCGCUCUAGAUCUGACGUCAACUACAGACCGUCUGCCUACACUGACAAUGGACUGCCCACCGUAGACUGCAACACGUUGAAGAACAUGAUCCUCAACCACCAGCAAAAGGCUGAUAAAAGCAGCAGUAGCAGCACUGUGGUGAAGCAGGGAGCGAUGGAGCAGCGUGAGGGGCCCUGGGGCCGUUGGACAUCCUGUCAUGUUGAGCUGACACCCUGCGAGCUGCGUCUGUACACUCUGGACAGCAGCGCCAACCGACAGCUAGGCACAGCCUACUCUCUGUCACACUGCCAGAGCGUCAUCUCACCAGCACCCUGCAGCCAGCACGGCCAGAUCACCCAGGCAGCUGACCAACGCACGCUCCAAGCCUUGUUCUUCAACAGCACACGCCUCCAGCUGAGGGCGGCCAACCAAUGGGAAGCCAUGGAGUGGAGACGGCUGAUGUGGGAAAAGGUGCAGGCAGUCAGACCUGUGAGGCAAGAGAACCGCCAGCGUAAGGCCGGAAUGGAAAAGCAACAGGUUACCAAAUUUCCUGCACCCAUGUCGCCCUCCUCAUCACCCUCGCCGUCGGGGCUCGACACCAGGCCCGAUGGCGACAGCGACACCCCCAUCUCUGCAGAGGCAUCACUCUCCUUACAGGCUAAUUGUCGUGUGAGCAGACCCACCACCCUGCCCCUGUUCACCAAACGCUGCCAGGAUGUCCUCAAAGCUGGUUUGCUCCACCAACUGGUGGACCAGAACAACUGGCGGCCCUUCACCUUCGUCCUGACCAGAUCCUCUCUCCAGGCCUUCCCUACCGAGGGCCGUGGGUCCGUGUCGAAACCCGUCCUCCAGUACUCCCUGGCCUCCUGCUUGGCCGUGCAUAAAGAUCAAGAGCCAGAGAACGGAGAGCCAUGGACUGACAGAGGAGACUGUUUUCAGGCUGUUUUCCCCAAAGACGUACUCCGACUCAGAGCGGACGAUCAGCUCAAGGCCCAGGAAUGGGUGGAGGCCCUGCAGGAGGCGGUGGGAGCGCAGCGGCCUGCGCAAGAAGAAGUUGCCGACUCAGGAGAAGGAGCUCCAGGCCUCCAGGAGGUGCUGUUGAGAUCUAAACCGUCUCGGGAGAGGAGGCAGCAGAGGGAGGCCCAGAGAGCCAAGCGACAGUCUGUCACCACCAGUUUCCUGAGUAUCCUCACCUGUCUGGCUGUGGAGAAGGGGCUCACUGCUCAGAGCUUCAGGUGUGCAGGUUGUCAGCGUCCAGUGGGUCUGUCCAAAGGAAAGGCCAAGGUCUGCUACUACAGUGGCUGGUACUACUGCCAUAGCUGCCAUCAGGACAACUCCUUCCUCAUACCAGCACGACUGCUGCACAACUGGGACACCAGCAAGCACAAGGUGUCUAAACAGGCCAAGGAGUUCCUGGAGUUUGUUUAUGAGGAGCCUCUGCUGGACGUCCAGCAGCUCAACCCGUGUCUGUACGAGCACUGCGAGCCUCUCAGCACGGUGCUGCGGCUCCGUCAGCAGCUCCAGUCGCUUCGAGCCUACCUGUUCAGCUGCCGGGCAACCGUCGCCGAGGACCUCAGACGAAGAAUUUUCCCCAGGGAAUACCUGCUACAGCACAUUCACCUGUACUCCAUAGCAGACCUGCAGCAGGUGAUUGAUGGAAAACUGGCUCCGUUCUUGUCCAAGGUGAUCAAGUUCGCCAGCUCGCACGUGUUCAGCUGCAGCUUGUGUCGAGAGAAAGGCUUCAUCUGUGAGCUCUGUCACAACGGACAGGUCAUCUACCCCUUCCAGGAGAGCGCCACCAAGAGGUGCGAUGGCUGCGGCGCUGUGUUCCACACUGAGUGUCGACAGAAAGCUCAGCCGUGUCCACGCUGCGUCCGCAGAGAACUCCACCACAAGAGGCCGUCAUCCUUCUGGUCUCCUGAUGAUGACAGCCCUGGGUGCUUCCACCUGCCCUACCAAGAUACCUGAGACACACACACAUUCACCACAUUCACACACAGACACACACACACACACACACACACACACACAUGCAACAGCAGUAACAUUUAGGGCGCUGCCAGGCUGUGACUAUGGACAAAGUGCCUGUUUUUUCUGACUUGUGUGUGCGCGUGUCUCCAACAGACUCACUUUAAAGCAGAAGACGAGCUCACAGCAUCUGAUGCGUGUCAGGUGUUUAUUUAUUUAUGUGUGUGUGUACCUGCAAACACACACACACACACACACACACACACACACACACACACACACACACACACACACCAUUAUCACUGUCACUCAUCUGUUACUCCAGGAGUCAUUAGAUGUUUAAAAUCACAGCAGAUAAACCAGAGAUAUCCUCACUGAUAGGUGGAACAUUUAACCAACGUCUUCCACCUGUCAUUAAAGUUCAGAGCUGAAACAUUCAAGUAUUAAUACAUUUACACAAAGGUCAAAAUGUGAAGAUUUCUUUUGGGUUUGAACUGUCGGUUAAACUAAACAAGCAAAUUUCAGAUGUGGUUUCAGCCUCUGGGGGUCACUUCUUUUUC